CGAUGACGUGGUAAACAUGGAGCAUGUGCUGAACUCACUGGAGAGGGUCAUUCUCACCAUCUUCCUCUCCAUCAUCAUCAUCAUGACUGUUCUGGGAAACCUGCUGGUGAUGGUGGCGCUCUGCAAGGACAGACAUCUUCGGAAAAAGAAGACCAACUACUUCAUAGUGUCGUUGGCGUUUGCAGACCUCCUGGUUGCUGUGGUUGUCAUGCCAUUUGCAGCCAUUGAGCUGACCACAGGUCAGUGGAGGUAUGGGGAGAUCUUCUGUCUGGUCAGGACCUCGUUGGAUGUGUUUCUGACCACUGCAUCUAUCCUACACCUGUGCUGCAUAGCACUGGACAGGUACUAUGCGAUCUGCUGCCAGCCGCUGGUGUACAGGACUAAGAUGACUCCCGUCAGAGUGGCCCUAAUGCUGGGGGGAUGCUGGGUUAUCGCCUCCUUCAUCUCCUUCCUUCCCAUCAUGCAAAGCUGGCAUGCCAUCGGCAUAGAGGACAUUAUUGAGGAGAGGAAGUUUAGCAGCAGCAGCAGCAGCAACAAGACCAACUGUGUAUUCGUGGUGAACCGUCCGCAUGCUCUCAUCUGCUCUGCCGUGGCCUUCUACGUUCCCCUGGGCCUCAUGGUGCUGGCCUACCAGCGCAUCUACAUCACCGCCAUGGGCCACGCGCGGCAGAUCGGCACGCUGCAGCGGGCAGGCUCCGCCCACUACUCGGCGCCCCCCCAGCACUACCUCAGCUCCGAGCAGCAGGGCUCCAGUCGCAUGCGCAUAGAGACCAAGGCUGCCAAGACCCUGGCUGUCAUCAUGGGCUGCUUCUGUCUCUGCUGGGCCCCCUUCUUCAUCACCAACGUGGUGGACCCCUUCAUCCACUACAGUGUGCCCUGGCAGAUGUGGACCGCCUGGCUGUGGCUUGGCUAUAUUAACUCUGGCCUUAACCCCUUUCUCUACGCCUUCCUGAACAGGGCCUUUAGACGGGCCUUCCUCAUGGUACUGUGUUGUGGUGGUGAGAGAUACGUACGCCAGGGGAGCUACGGCCCCACCAGACGCUACUCUGGAUCUGUCAACGGGACCUCCAUCGCACUCAGAUUAUCCUUCCUUCCCAACCGAAGCCACAUUGAACAGCAGAAAGAUUUUAUCCAAUGAGGUAGGAUCUCAGGACUCCAUGGGUGGACUAUAGCCCAGAGAGAUAAUGGUGCUUGUUUCACACAAGUUGAACAAGUGAAAUACAGUAGGUUUUAAUGGGGACGUAUGGUCACGACAUUGAGAUUCUGAGCUGAAGGACUUGAGAGGACUGCAGUCUGAUUAUUGAAUUAGCAGAUCAAGGUUUAUGGAAUUUGAUGCAAGAAAAAGGACUGUCCAGUCAAGCACAACUCCCCCCCUCCCAAGUGAAGACUCAGACAAUGAAGAUACAGGAAGAGAUCAAAAGCUAGUGUGCCUGUGGAAUGACAUUCCAAGAGUCCUUAUGAAGUUAAAAGCUAUUGUCCAUGUAAUCAGUUGGCCAAGCAGUUGUGGACUGGGGUCUCUCCCAUUCCUGCUAGUGACCUGUGUGUUAAGGACAAUUAUGUUUAAAUAUGUCAAUCAACUUCAUUACAUUAUCUUUUGACAAAUAUUUCAUGUAUAUAUGUAUAGGUAUAUAUGUUUUGCAUUGUUGGGGUGUACCAAAUGUAACUAUCAUGUAAUGUGCCAAGAAUUUGGCAACUAAAAAUGUGCUUCUGAAUGUCUAAACAAAUUCUUUCCCACUGGAUCAGGGUAUUAUUCAAACUCAUUGCGGUCUGUUUAAUCUAGCCCUACAUUUGUAAUCAUGCAGCCUAGACAACGUGAUGGGCUUCAAUGGAGACAGUUGAAUAGCAAACAGCUUUAAUUGUGUAAUACUGUGUUGCCUUGAAAGCAUUUAAACGUUCUUGACCAUCAUGCCAUUGUUUGAGUGAGGCAAGUAUACAGCCAAAAUCCUCUUCUCCCUGUUCAUAAAUGACUAACUUGAUUAUCCAUGACAAUUACAUGGUUUCUACAAUCCCACUCGUCGGUCAACGGUAAAGGAGUAUUUUGACUCAAGGUCAAUGAAACAAUCCAGGAUUGAUGGAGCAGAAGAGGAAUAUCAUUCAUUCUCUAUAAUCAUUCACAUUUACAGGGUCUGGAUCAAUCUCAGGACUUUGGCUCUAAAUCAACAUUCCCUAUCAUGAAUAAAGCCAAACUCUCCCGUGCCAUCAUUUCAUGUGUAUUAAGCUAUACUGUAGAUAAAAGUUCAAAACACCGCCAUGUAGCUCAG